AUGAACUUCGGUGUUUCCUGUCAGAGGGACCAAAAGUUUUUCGAAUCCGCCCUUUCGAAAAUCAACAAAAUUGACUACAUGAUGCGAAAGGCGGGGUUUACAAAAGAGACUUUCAUUGAUAUCGAGAUUUCCAGGAAUACGGUUAGCGAAAAAGAGAUGGACCGUUUGGCAAUAUUGUACUGCGUGGUACAUAUGGGUGAAAGUCUCGGUGGUGUCAAAGAACCACACCGUUGGCACAGUAUUAUCUCCAAGGAAGCUUUCGACAUGGUUAAAAAGCGAAGAAAUUCUUCAGGACAUGAUUACGAACAUCCAGAAAAGAGAAUGGAUUACGAAGACAUGUGGACAUUCCUCACCGUUGACUGUAUGAAAAUAAAGGCAAUGAUCGAGGAGGCUAUAAAGAUUUUGGAUGACCAUCUUCACGGGACGGAGGCUGAGAUGACUGCUUAG